AUGCCUGCUAUUCAUGGAGAUUUACUGGCUGCGGUGAUAGCAACCGAUAGAGACAUCCCAGCCAAUAUCACUCCGCGGCAGGUCACUCUAAGAGACCGGGUCACUGUUGCGACCCUAGUGCCUAUUUCAUCAGCCGAUGAUGUGCCUCCCUCCUUGAUGCGCUAUCUGUCUGAUCAGUUGAAUAAAGAGAUUGCCAAGGGUGACACCUAUGCUAUGGUUGAUCCCAUCCCGCUGGAGCAGUUUGCGACGUAUUGGUUUUUCAACUUUGGCGCCAUCAUGCUACUAGGCGACAUUAAGAGUGUGUAUGAGAUGAAGGCCAUGGAAAGGGCUGGCGCGGAUUGGACCAAGACCUGCUUGGGCAGCUUCAAUAUCCGGCCGAAUUACCCCGGACGUAGUAGUCAUGUCUGCAAUGGCAUGUUUCUUGUGACAGAUGCGGCGCGCAAUCGUGGUGUUGGUCGAUUGAUGGGAGAGGGCUAUCUUGAAUGGGCUCCUAAACUGGGUUACACAUAUGCCGUCUUCAACCUGGUUUACGAGAGCAACGUGGCGUCUUGUCGCAUUUGGGAUGCUCUUGGCUUUAAGCGGAUCGGUAAGGUGCCAAAUGCUGGCAAGGUGCUUUCCAGCCCCGGUGAAUAUGUCGAUGCAAUCAUCUAUGGGCGCGACCUGAGUUCUGAAGGCGAUGACUCAUUUACGCAAGAUCGCUUCGACAAGAUCCGGUAUUAUCUCAAGCAUUCUAAAUACCCUAGAGGUGCCGAUAGAGCCGAGAAGAGUCGGCUGAGAAGUGCAGCCACCCACUACAAGCUUAUAGAGGGGAAGGACGGCGACUCAGAUAAGCUGAUGCUGAAAGACAAAGAGGUCGUUUCAGAUCCCCAGCAACAAUACGAGAUUGCUCGAACUAUUCAUCUCAAGCAGCAUGCAGGAAUCAAUAAGACGACUGCAGCCAUCGCGGUGAAAUAUCACUGGGUCAGGAUUAAAGAGACCGUCAGUCGAGUCAUUCGAGACUGUCCUCAAUGCAAAGAGACGCUCAAACUGCCACCGAGUAACGGUAUGCUAAUUCACGACGGCGCUGUAUCCAUGGAGAAGUUGAGCGUCAACGAGAAUGAGACGAGCUUGUCAACACCGAGCACCAUGGAGACACCACAGUUGAUGGACAAUAACUCCCUUGAUCCUCACCAAAACCACAACCCGUUUGCUCAAACACAUCCAUCGGUCAUUCAGGGACCUGUAGAUUCCAUCACCGACUAUACAACUAUGCCCCUCGAUCCGCAAAUCAUUGAUAUCAACCAGCAACUUUCACGAUUCCAUUCCCACGAUGGCUUGAGUCACCAUCCCCAUGACGGCUUAGGCCACCACUCCCAUGACGGCUUAGGUCACCACUCCCAUGACGGCUUAGGUCACCACUCCCAUGAUGGCAUGCCUGACCCAUACACGCAUGGCCAUCAUAGCUUAUCCCACUCGAACUUUGAAGAUGCCGUACGGCAUCAUACAGCGCACGACUACCAUAUGAUGGUUGAGGACGCUUCUGAUACAGAUGCUGCUGUGUUACGCCAGGAAGCACUCGGUCUCGUGCCUCCGCAAGUACACGAAGUUCAUCAUGAUCAUGACUUAUUGUCGAAGUACGAAUAUGUUGGACCGCCGGAUGAUGAGUUGGAUUUCAGCUAA